GAGAGGAGCAUCUUGUUCCAAUGAAACAUCAAGCAGUGUGACGAUGACAGCGAAAGGCAGACAUAAAGCGGUCCCCUUCCCCCUGGCCCACCGGCUGACCAUGAAGGAGGUGUUUGACGCAGAGGGCCGGCCGCGGGUGGACCUGCUCAAAGCUCACCUCACGAAGGAGGGCCGGCUGGAGGAGGCCGUGGCCCUGCGCAUCAUCGAUGAGGGCGCCGCCAUCCUGCGCCAGGAGCGCACUAUGUUGGACAUUGAGGCGCCAGUCACGGUGUGUGGCGAUAUCCACGGCCAGUUCUUCGACCUGAUGAAGUUAUUUGAAGUGGGAGGAUCUCCUGCCAACACGCGCUACCUCUUCCUAGGGGACUAUGUGGACAGGGGCUACUUCAGUAUUGAGUGUGUGUUAUACCUGUGGUCACUGAAAAUCCUCUACCCAAAGACGCUCUUUCUUCUACGGGGAAACCAUGAAUGUAGACAUCUGACAGAAUAUUUCACCUUCAAACAAGAAUGUAAGAUCAAGUACUCAGAACAGGUGUAUGACUCCUGCAUGGAGGCGUUUGAUUGCCUGCCCCUGGCAGCCCUGAUGAACCAGCAGUUCCUGUGUGUGCAUGGGGGGCUUUCACCAGAGAUCCACACGCUGGACGACAUCAAGAAGUUGGACCGGUUCAAGGAGCCUCCGGCGUUUGGGCCCAUGUGCGACCUGUUGUGGGCCGACCCCCUGGAAGACUUUGGCAAUGAGAAGACCCAGGAAUACUUUGGCCACAACACAGUCAGAGGGUGCUCCUAUUUCUACAGUUACCCAGCAGUGUGCGAGUUCUUACAGACCAACAACCUGCUGUCAAUCAUCAGAGCGCAUGAAGCACAGGAUGCUGGGUACCGUAUGUACAGGAAGAGUCAGACUACAGGUUUCCCCUCCCUCAUCACCAUCUUCUCUGCUCCAAACUACCUAGAUGUCUACAACAACAAAGCGGCGGUGCUGAAAUACGAGAACAACGUGAUGAACAUCCGUCAGUUCAACUGCUCUCCUCACCCCUACUGGCUGCCCAACUUCAUGGACGUCUUCACAUGGUCGCUGCCGUUCGUGGGAGAAAAGGUAACUGAGAUGCUGGUCAACGUUCUGAGUAUCUGCUCUGACGACGAACUCAUGAACGACGGAGACGAGAUCUACGAUGCCAGUGCAGCAGCAGCGAGGAAAGAGGUGAUCAAAAACAAGAUUCGAGCGAUUGGGAAGAUGGCCAAAAUGUUCUCUGUUCUACGGGAGGAGAGUGAGAACGUGUUGACCCUGAAGGGACUGACCCCGACAGGCAUGCUGCCCAGCGGAGUGCUGUCUGGUGGCAAACAGACCCUGCAGAGUGCUACCAUUGAGGCCAUAGAAGCUAUCGAGACAGUUAAGGACGCAGAAGCCAUCCGAGGCUUCUCCCCACAGCAUCGGAUCAGCAGUUUCGAGGAGGCCAAAGGUCUGGACCGAAUCAACGAGAGGAUGCCGCCAAGACGCGAUGCUGUCAACAGCGUGGGCCUGUCGAUGGGCCGCAUGAACAUGGGGGAGCCCAAUGGGACCGACAGCAACAGCAAUAUACAGUGAUGGACGUCUACUCCCACAUGCCCCGACACAUACCUGCAGUUACAACACUGAUGUGGUACCAUAUUUAUAGAUACGUGUACAUAGGCAUAUAUACACAAGGAAAACGCAGCGCACACACAGACACAGUAUUUCGUACACUAAAUAGGCUACAGACAACAUAACACGCACACACAUGCAAUCACACACUCACACACAC